UCAAAUGUGCAUUGGCUAAAGCCCAAAUGCACAGAAGCAACCUAAUUGCACGGUAUGACAGCAUAUAGUUGUGCAUGAUGCUGAAGUAAAAUACUUUGUUCCCUCAAAAUCCCAGUUUUUUGGCAAGAUCGUUAAUACCCGCUCCCCCACCGAAAAAAAAAAACGCCGAUGACCAGAUUAAUUCCUUUCUUCAUGCCCAGGUCUACCCAUAAGUGAUCAUCUGGGAUUUGUAUUUUGAUCUUUCUUGGAUUAAGCAUUUUACAAACUUCUGCUUCUUCUUUAGGAUCUGAGCCUACUGUUUUCUGGUGGGACAGCAGCUUAAUCUCAGAGAGGAGGGGCGUUGGUCUUAUUUUGAGGAUUCCUUAACUUCUAAUAAAGAAGUUAUGGCUAACACAAACAUACCAGCUUCAGUGGUGCCCUCUGAUUCAUCUGAACAGAGGGGAAUAACUACAGCAGAAUCAAACACCCUUGCAGUUCAACCUCCUUUAGAUCAGCAAAACCGAAGCUCUUUAGAUGGUCCUGUGGCUAUCCUCUGGGACAUUGAGAACUGCCCUGUCCCGAGUGAUGUCCGACCUGAAGAUGUUGCCGGUAAUAUUAGAAUGGCUUUACGUGUUCAUCCUAUAAUUAAAGGUGCUGUUAUGAUGUUUUCAGCAUAUGGGGAUUUUAAUUCCUUCCCUAGGAGACUAAGAGAGGGCUGUCAGAGAACUGGUGUUAAACUCAUUGAUGUUCCUAAUGGUAGAAAGGACGCUGCUGACAAGGCUAUUUUAGUUGACAUGUUUCUUUUUGCCCUUGACAACCCUCCACCUUCUUCCAUCAUGCUUAUAUCUGGGGAUGUUGAUUUUGCUCCAGCACUCCACAUACUUGGUCAACGUGGAUAUAUUGUGAUCCUUGUUAUCCCUUCUGGGGUGGGUGUCUCAUAUGCUUUGAGCAAUGCUGGUAAGUUUGUUUGGGACUGGCCUAGUGUGGCUCGUGGGGAAGGCUUUGUACCCCCUUCAAAGGGUUUAAUGCCCCCUUAUGCAGGACCAGCUGACAUUGCUGGGUAUUUAGUGGGUUGCCAUAUAAACGACAACCUUGAUGGCCAAAAUGAAGACGACGCAGUUGUAUACAGAGGAAUCUCGCAAAGCUAUUACAAUUCAAGAGAUUUCUCUUCAGUUUCACAGUCUUUGUCUGAAUACAACUGUAGUUCUUCAAUAAACAGGCCUUGUUUCCCAACAAAUAUCAGGUCACAGAGUCUCCCUUCUGGUUUUAAUGAAGUUUCAGCUGGUCCUGUUUUUUAUGAUGACCAAUAUCAUUCUACCAUGUGGGUACAGCCUGGGGACAUAAAUGGUCUGAAGGUGCAGCUGGUGAAGUUGCUUGAACUUUCAGGUGGAUGUUUGCCUCUUACCCGUGUUCCUGCUGAGUAUCAGAAGAUCUAUGGACGGCCUCUUUAUGUUUCAGAGUAUGGGGCAUUCAAGCUAGUUAAUCUUUUCAAGAAAAUGAAUGAUGCUUUGACAAUAGAUGGCAAGGGCCAAAAGAAGUUGGUCUGCCUUCGAAAUUGGAAAGCAAGCCCAAGUGCACCUCCUUUAGUUCUGGCAAGGAAGGAUAAGAAAGGAAAGGGGACUCAAGAGGAGAGUUUGGAUGCUAUGACAGGAGGUGGCUCUUCAGAUGAGUUCUCAGAUGAGGAAAGGGUGGUAGUUGAGGAACAGGAGGAGAGUAGGAAUCAAGGCAAGGUUAGCACAAGGACAACAGCUCGAUGUGAAGUUAACCAAAAUCUUGGGCAAUUCAAGUAUGAGUUGCAGGAAAUUCUAGUCAGUUAUUCUUGUCGGAUUUUCCUGGGUUGUUUUGAGGCAAUAUAUCAGCAACGAUACAAGAAACCACUAGACUAUCAAAGGUUUGGUGUGGAUCAGCUGGAGGAGCUUCUUAAUAAGAUGAGUGAUGUUGUUGUGUUGCAUGAAGAACCAGUAAGCAAGAGGAAAUACCUGGCUGCAGUCGGUGGUUAGCAAGAGUAAAGAGCAGCCUAAUCUAGGAUUUUUUUUUCCUCUUGUAUACUGCGGCUCUCUCGUAUUUUCUUUAUUCAUAAAUCUUCCUUUUGUUUCAUAAAUCGUAGGAGAGGCUAGAUCACAUUUGUUGUUUUUAUAAAAUAUGUGUCCUGCAUGGAUUUGAGUAUUAAUUUUGAAAUUUCCAUGUAUGCCUCUGUGCCUCAUCCUUGUAACUAAUCAAACAACUAAUGCUUAGUGUCUUAGCACUUUGGUUUUCUAGCA